AGCGCCAACGUUGAAGACACAAAAGAGAACCCUCAGAAAACCCUCGGUUCCUCACUAUUAAGGUCUGUUUGGAGGGCGAUGAAGUGAAAGAAAAGAAGCUCAAUGACAGAAAAUCCAAAGCAUUCUCUUGACACCACUCCUGAAUCUUCUCAAAGGGCUCUAAAGAUCCCAAAAACCGUGGAAGAUCAGACCAACAACAACAACACAGAACAAAACCCAGAAGAAGAAAAAGAAGAAGUAGAAGAAACAAAAAUUGCAAAAGCCAUGAACCAAAGCGGUAAACUUCAACGCUACUUGGUGGCUAUUGAAUAUUUGGGGACCCGGUUCUCUGGGUCCCAGAAGCAGCUCAAUCGCCGUACGGUGGUUGACGUUCUUGAGGAGGCAUUUCAUAAAUUUAUUGGGCAGCCAGUUUCAGUUUCUAUCUCCAGUCGAACUGAUACAGGGGUACAUGCCUUAUCAAAUGUUUGCCAUGUAGAUGUGGAACGCAUUAGCAAAAGGAAGCCUGGUGAAGUGUUACCACCUCAUGAACCUACUGUGGUUAAAAAAGCUCUGAACCAUUUCUUACAGCGUGAAGGUGAUAUUAUGGUGACUGAUGUUCGAUGUAUUCCACCUGACUUUCAUGCAAGAUUUAAAGCUCAAGAGCGAAUGUACUUUUAUCGGUUAUUGUCUGGGCCAGAGCCUUUGUCUAUUUUUGAGAAAGACCGGGCAUGGCAUGUGCCUGAGGAGCUAGAUCUUCAUGCUAUGCAGGAAGCAUGCAAAGUUCUUCUUGGGUGUCAUGAUUUCAGUUCCUUUAGGGCAUCUGGCUGCCAGGCGAACUCGCCAAUCAGAACAAUAGACGAGCUUCAUAUUAACGAGGUGAUUUCAACUCCAUAUUUUCCUUCCAAUAUGGAGAGGGAACAAAACAAUAUGAAAAGGGAAGAUUCCUGUGCAAGUGACUCCAUCAGUUCUGCAACUUUCCUUCCUGUUAGUUCUAUUUCCAACAGCGAUAUAUUAGGGACAUCCAAUGGUGGAAGUAAUUUGGAAUUUGGCAUAAGGAGAAGGCAUCAUAACUAUUUGGUUAAAGUGCGUGCCCGCUCUUUUCUCUACCACCAGGUUAGGCUGAUGGUUGGGAUACUAAAAUCCGUUGGAACUGGAGAUCUUUCUGUUUCUGAUGUUGAAAGAAUCCUAAAUGCGAGGACGGUGACUGCUGCAAGUGCCAUGGCCCCUGCAUGUGGUCUCUACCUUGGACAUGUGAAGUACGAUCUUCCACAAGAAAACUAAAGAAAUUAUAAGUUCAAAGACAUUUCAGAUUUCAUUCACUGGUAUAAGUCUGCCGUUCAAAGCGAUUAUUUAUCAUGUGCUCAUCAGAUAAUGCAAUUCUGGCACAGGUCUUCAGCGCAAAAAUACAUUGACCCUUCGGUUGCAUUGAGCCUUUCAGGUUUUCUCCCUGGGGAUGGAAUUAAAGAGCAAAAAUUACAUCAUAUCAAAUUUUUGACAGUUUUGUAACUAUUUCAGGCAUAUGCUGUUUUUCUUAAUGACUCUAGCCUCGAGUGUUUUUACUCAGUCCCUUGGGUUUAUGAUCAGUAAUUGCAGUUUUCUUUUGAGAAAA